CCACGAGCACCAAAUCCACUCAAACCCAGCCGCCGAAAAGCAUAAAAAAUUCAGAGGCCUCCGCCGCUGCCGCCCGCGCACGGCGGACCAAUGGAGCUCUCCCUCCUCCCCUCCCUCUCCCUCUCCCCACGGCGCGCCCUUCCCCUCCCCAGGAGGGCGGCGCGGCGGCUGGCCUUCGCCUGCCGCUGCCGCGCGGACGCAUCCACCGGGGGAACACGGCGGUGGUUCACCUCCCUCCUCGCCGCGGCCGCAGCGGUGGGAGUUGGCGUGGCCGGAGGGGAAGCCGGCGCGGUGUCCACCAGCAGGAGAGCGCUCAGGAGCGCCAAGAUUCCGGAGAGCGAAUUCACCACCCUGCCCAAUGGCCUCAAGUACUACGACAUCAAGGUAGGAAGUGGGGCUAAAGCUGUCAAGGGAUCCCGUGUCGCGGUACAUUAUGUGGCCAAGUGGAGGGGCAUCACAUUCAUGACAAGCAGGCAGGGUCUCGGUGUUGGUGGUGGAACGCCAUAUGGGUUUGAUGUUGGCAAUUCUGAGAGAGGCAAUGUUUUAAAAGGACUGGAUCUUGGGGUGGAGGGAAUGAAAGUUGGAGGCCAGAGGUUGCUUAUCGUUCCUCCUGAACUAGCGUAUGGAAAGAAGGGCGUCCAAGAAAUUCCUCCAAAUGCAACUAUUGAGCUGGAUGUCGAGCUACUAUCAAUCAAACAGAGUCCAUUCGGGACUCCUGUGAAAAUCGUUGAAGGAUAACUGUGCAUAGAGUUCUGCAGAAAAUGAUAUUGCAUAGGCUGGAGGGUGCUACUAUUCGAAAAGGCUAGAAUUACCAGAAUACGUUGGUACUAUUGCAUUGAUAAGUGCAUUCUCGUAUAAGAUUUUGAACUUUAUUAAAAUAUAGAUUUUGCCGCUUC